CCACCCGCUCCCAUCCUCCCGGUAAAGUGAUAUCACACGGUGUAAAGCUGACAAUGUCGCUCCCCACCGCUGCUCUCCUCACCCCGCCCCACCGGGACCGGCGGCAGCGGGUGCCAAACCGCCCCCUCCGGGAACCGCGCUGAGGACGCAGCCAUGCCGAGCGGUGACACUCGGCAACCGUACUGCCGCCUCGUCUCAUCCGUCUCCAGCGCUUCACAAAGGUGGAGAAUGCCAUGAUAUUUCCCACAGGCCCUCACUGGCACCUGGCUGUGAGUGAACCGGGGGGAGAUAGGGGAUAACCGACCGCAGAUAAUGACGUGAUGGUUCCGGUUGUAGACCGAGCGCAGGGGGGCUCCGAGCGUCUUUAAUGACUGGUGCUGGAGAGGAAAUCACCGGACUUUAUUGUGUGCAGAAACGUAUACGACACUGGACCGACCGCACUUGAUAAAAAAGAAAAAGAAACGGUCUCUCAAACAGGUUGCUGCGAUUUCCUUCAAUCUGAAAGGGGGCGUUGCAGCGUAGAGCAUGCCGUCCCCCAGAUGGUGACUUCUUUAGGAGUUUCAGUGAGAGCAGGUUUUGAGACUCCACAGGCCCGUCAUGGUUUCCAACCUUCUUACACUCCAUCUUUGCAUCUCGGCUGUCUUCUAAUGUAAGUGUCCCUCUCCUCUGUUAGAGCUCAGGUGUCACUGAUUUGUAAAUGGGGGAAAUGACCUCUCCACUAAGCACAUAACCGAAAAACAACAUAUUUCUUGCCAAAUGGAUAAACAGGGGAGUCACAAAUCUCAGAAAUGUUUCAGUGUUUUAGGAAAAGGUCUGAUUCAUUGUCUUUCUGAGAGUCAGAUGAGAUCGAUGCCUCUCGCAGAGUUGUAGCCGGCAGGCGAUUAUCUUAAAUUAGUAUAAAGACUGGAAGCAGAGGGAAAUAGCUAGCCUCUAAACCUGAUUCAUGAACACAAUGUAUUGUAAAAAAAAAAAAAAAACACUGUCUCCUGCUGUAGCUCGAAAUGUCCCGAUGCUUUGUUUUUGUUCAGCAAGAAAUGGCAGAACAAGAGCCCAUUUGAACAUUUCUGUACAAAUGAUACAUUAUAAUAAGAGCUUUGGAAGUGUUUGUUGACAUAUUUUUGAGCGAAAUGUUUACCCUUUCCUCCCGUCGUUAUUCUAAGCUAGGCUAAUUGGCCUCUAUGCUCAAGCUGUGUAAUUACGUAUUUGUAGUGGUCCGUUUGUGCCCAGAUCUAGAAAAAAAAGACUUUUUGUUUGCGUUCAGCCAAUACCCGCAAGCAGACUUUGAUUUAAUGUGACGUGUGGUUGUCCCCUAAUUGCAGCAGGUACAACAGCCAGGGUAGCAAGCCUGCACACGACUGUGAACACGGAGAUGUCUAAGCCGGACAGAGCUAACAAUUUGACCCUGAGGGGAGAACUGGAGGGUGGGCGUCACGGUUCUGUGGCGACGCAGUCUCGCCAUCGUGGGUCGGCCUUACCGGUAUCGCCCGUGUGGGAGCGCUGUGCAGUGUGGCGGUGAUUAGCGAGCCAGUGGGAGACACACAGCUUCCAUUCACAUAAUGGGUAUUGAAUGAAGUACUCCAUUGGUAUCGGUAUCACUUUAACGACACCCAGCCCUAGGUGUCGGCAAUUCUUCAGUUGGAAAACAAUGACGCCAUUUCAGAGGAAGAGGUCGCAACAAGAUGACGUCAUUUAAAGAGUGCCAGUUUAUCCUCAAAAGCAAAAAACAAAAUCUGAUCUGUACGAUGAUGAGUUUUUAAUCUGCCGCUAUUUUUUUUUUUGUCUCUUUAGCGGAGAAAAAUCUUCAGUGGACGGUGACGUCAUACGCUUCAUACGUCAUUUAUUCGCUAAAUCUGUUUCCAUUUCCCUUUGUCGCAUUUCACUUUCAACAAUACACCAACCUUUCCUCCUCAGCCAGGCCUAAAAAUGCUAUUGCAAUAUUUGAAGACUUUGAAGACUUUCUGUUUCCACUCUUCCUUUUUUGGGGGGUGGGGGGGUAUUUGUAAUGUGGACUGUUUUACUGACUCUGUUUUCUUCUAACACGGUCUAUACGAUAUGAUCUGCAUGCGGCCUCCUUAGCGCACUCGCACAAAAGAGUGGUAUUCAUUUCAUAUUCCCCCAAAAAUCACGGAACAAAUGCUUAAGCUUCUACAGGUCAUGAUUGGAUCAUAUUUGGAUAUACAAUCUCAUACCAUCGUCAUCAAAACACAAAAUUAGGGAUGAGUUUAGAGACUACAGAAUCUCAGUCAAGGAGCACCAAAGCUGUUCUGUAAGUUCAUGGUGAUUUUUCUUUUUCUUCUUUCAUUUCUCAUCCAUCUGUAUCUGUAAAGCCUGAAACAUCCUCAGCUGUCUGAUAACGGCUGCAUGAUAACUUACAACAUGUUUCAUCAGUUGAGGUUACAUCACAAUGUUACAUAAAUAUACUAAUUCAGCCUACGUUGGUUAUCUUUGCAGGCAUUAUAGAAACCUUUGUUGGACGGUUUGAUGGAGAGCUGGUCGAAUGUCAGCGGGAACUAUUGUUAUAUCCGGAGGAAUUCUCGCCGGAGUGAUACUGCUGUGCAUUGUAGCAGUGCUCUGUUACUGUAGACUCCAGUAUUACUGCUGUAAGAAGAAUGAUUCUGAGGUGGACGUGGGCUCCGUGGUGGGAGCGGACCCUCUCUCACACUUUCCCUGCAACGCCUGCAACGCACUGGCCAUGGACGGCGCGGCUAUCACCCCCGUCUCUCUGGAUCAGCUGGACUCGGGUUCCCACCACAACCACUGCCCCACCUGUUCGCCGUACUCGCUCCGCUCUGGACUCGCAGACGACCUGCACAACGGAGGGGAGCGGCUGGGCUUCCACACCUACUACGAGAACCCGUGCGUCUCUCUCCCGCUGUCUGCCAACCCACAGGGAUCCUCCCCUCUGAGUUACUGCAGUCCCACGGACAUGUUUCCUCCCCCACCCCGCCCCUACAGCACCCAGGUCUGACCUCGCAUCACAUGUGACUAAAAUGUGUCUACAUUGAGAUGUGAUUCACCUGGAUUGAUGCAUCAUUCAAGACAAGGUUGAAGGUGGUCAGGGACAUGUGUGAGCAUGUACAGUAGUAUAGUGUGAACACAGAAGGGUCCCCAGGCACACUGAAAGACAGCCAAGUACUUUUACUUGUGUUGGUGCUAGGGAUGCAAAUUUUAAGCAAUUCCCACAAGCCAUGUUAUUGACAUAUGAUUUACAAUUAGUCAUUAAAUGCUUAUGGAAUACGCAAUGCAUAUUUUCCCCCAAAAAGCUAACUUAGAACAAUUAAUUUGCGCCAUAUGUUUUGAGUCAUGAAUUAAAUGAAACAAAAUAACUUCCUGAAUAAUUUCCAAGGAGUUUUUGGAUGUAACUAUAUGUAAUUUAAUACUAGUCGUUGGAAACGGGGAUAUCCUUGAAAGAACAAACAUAAAUCCAAGUAAAUAUUACCUGACUAUUAAUGUAUUAGUAGUAACUUUAUUCUCCAUACACAGUAUGUUGAAUUGUAUGCUUGUCUAUUCACAUUUUUUACAUGUUCAGCUGAUCUGCGACUAAACAAAUCUCACGCUAGAAAUGAAUGAGAAGGAAUGAAUUAGUCUAAAAAGUGUAAUUGAACACAGUUUCCCCACAAUUAGCACCAAAUUACACAGAUCUUUUUGGAAACAUGGUGGGUAUUUGGAAAUUAUUAUUAUUAUGGACCCAUAAACAAAAGCAUCACCACAUUUUCUGCUCCUGCUCUAACUGCCAUUAUUCACAAAUGACACUAAUUACAAUAUAAAGUUACAGGACAUCAAUUCGUUUUUGGUUGUUUUUAGACCCUUAAAAAUAAAGUAUAAUACCUUCAACAAGUAAAAAUAUAUAGAAAGAUAUGCUACCCUGUUCUUCUAACCACAAACUGACGUCUUUAUCAUAGAUUGAUAUUAGUGGUUUUAGUAUGACAAACUUCCCAAACACUGAUGGAUAAUUUACCUUUUAUAAAACACCUUAGAUCAGAGUUUUAAGUCCAAAUCCACGGGAAUAGCCACAGAAAUCCUCUUCUCCGCCUGUGUGGCCGGAGACAUGUCUAUUUUUUUUAUGUUUAGCGCCAGCUAUAGUUUUAGAACACAUGGAAGGUGACGUAGAGAAUUAUUGUGAUGGCUGGUAUUAGCGUCUCUCUGUUGUCUGUGCCUGAAAAGGACCAACACCUUGUUAGUUUCUGUUAUUCUCACCCGCAUUGUUCCCUCCUUUCUCUGUGCUGCUGUUAACUGGAAGGGUCAAUGCUAGCCUGAGAAACCUCCACCCUGCUUACUGUACAUGAGGGCUAACAGUUUUUCUAUUGGUGUUGUUGUUUGCUAAAUAUAGAAACUGCUAAUGGCGCUUCAUUGUUUUUCUCCAGAGGAAAGACACAAAGAGUGAAGGAGAAACUACAAGUUUUACGCAUUUUUGUGCAUCUUGCUAUUAUUUGAAGGAAUCUAGUUUUAGUCUGCUAGACACAAAAGUAUGCUAGAAGAAUUUAGUUGGCUUGUGUGUUUACUUCUCGUCAAUUGUAAUGAAAAUAGACCACUGAAAGGAGGUUGGUUCUCCAGUGUCUUCCAAGUCGACGUAUUUAACUUUUUUCAUGUUUACACAUUGAGACGGAUGAGAAAGAAAUCCUCCUCAGAUUUUAGGGGUGUUGUAGGGCAGAAAGGAUCCACUCAGAUCCUGUACCAUACGUUGUUGAUCUUGAAGCUUAAGUUUUGUAUCCUAUAAGCCAUUAUAUCUGCUAUACCGUACAGUAACAAGAUGCAGUGUUAUUCCACAGUAUAUGCCCGAAUCUAUAUAUUUUUAAGGAGUGUUGUAGUUUUUGUGAGGGCUGUCAGGAUUUAAAUGUAUUUGUACCAAAUGUUAGUUUUCCAUACUCUUCAGUUAUUCUUCCAUCUGGAUUUUCCUCUGUAUUUCUGCCAGUUAUAAUACAACAGAGGAAUACAAUGAGAAGAGAAUGGAAAUGUACAUUUUGAUCUGGAAAUUCACUUUUAAAAUUAUCCUUACAUUUAGCUUAAAUGUUAAAAAUAGUAAAAAAAAAAGAAUAUUUAGCAUAACGGAUUAAAGAUAUUUAUUCUGUAUUCUUCGCACCACAUUGUUUCCACUGAGCUGUGAGCUUUAUUAUCACAUCUAACUUUUCUCACCUCACAACCCCUUGUUAUUCACAAGUAUGUGCUAAAUUAUAUAUGUAAAACGACUUUUUUUUGUUGAUUUAGACUCAGCAUUCUUGUUCACUGCCAAUAUACUCACUCAACAAAUGUGGUGGUCAUAGUUUGGGGAAAGGGAUUUAGUUUUUUGUGACGACCCAGUUUGUUGCACCAUUACUCAGAACUGAACUGUUAUUUUAAGGUUCCUGUUAAAAAUUGUAUUUUUCAGAUUUUUCUCUAUGAAACUAGAAGUUUUGGUAUAUACCCUGAUACAGUGCGAAAAAUCCACCAAGUUUCACAAAAUGUUCCUUUUAUUUUGGAGAAGGAAUAAAUGUUUG